ACCCGAGGCGCGGGAUGGGGGGCGAGAAGGUGAAGAGCCUGGGGCUGCUGUUCGAGGAUGAACGGAAGAACGGCUACGCGGCGGGCGACACGGUGGCCGGGCACGUCCUGCUGGAGGCCACCGAGCCGCUGGCCUGCCGGGCUCUGCGGCUGGAGGCCGUCGGCGGGGCCCGCGCCCGGGGCCGGGCCCGGGCCCCAACCGGGGAGGUGCCCUGUCUCAGCGUCCGGCGGAGCCUCGGGGAGCCCGGCCCAGGUGAAGAUGUAAUUUUGUUGCAACCUGGAAAACAUGAAUUUCCAUUUAGUUUUCAACUUCCAGCUGAGCCUUUAGUGACCUCAUUCACGGGAAAGUAUGGCAGUAUUCAGUAUUGGGUGAGAGCAAUCUUGGAACGACCUUUAGCACCUGAUCAGAGCGUGAAGCGAGAACUCCAGGUUAUCAACCAUAUCGAUGUCAAUACACCAGCUUUAAUAACCCCUAUAUCAAGGACUCAAGAGAAAAUGGUGGGCUGUUGUUUUCUGGCUUCUGGGCUAGUCUCUCUCAGUGCCAAAAUUGAUAGAAAGGGAUAUUGUAAUGGUGAGGCCAUACCAAUCUAUGCAGAAAUUGAAAAUUGCUCCUCCCGACUAAUUGUUCCAAAAGCGGCCAUCAUCCAAACACAGACAUACUUGGCCAGUGGAAAGACCAAGACCGUCCGUCAAAUGGUUGCCAAUGUGCGAGGAAACCACAUAGCUUCUGGAAGUACUGAUACUUGGAAUGGCAAGACUUUGAAAAUCCCACCUGUUUCUCCAUCCAUCCUUAACUGCUCUAUUAUCAGAGUGGAUUACUUCUUAGCUGUAUAUGUACACAUACCUGGUGCUAAGAAGUUGAGGGUAGAGCUACCAUUGGUGAUUGGCACAAUUCCAUACAACGGAUUUGGCAGCAGAAACUCCAGUGUUGCUAGUCAGUUCAGCAUGGACAUGAGUUGGUUGACAUUGACACUGCCAGAACAUCCUGAAGCACCACCGAAUUAUGGAGAUGUGGUAUCAGAAGAAGAAUAUGCUAGACACAUUCCUCCUUAUCCUCAGCCACUUGACUGUGAAAGAGAAAUGUGUCGCCCUAUGUUGGCCUAUAUUCAGGAAUUCCGGUUUCAACCUCCACCUCUAUAUUCUGAGGUUGAUCCACAUCCUAGUAACACUGAAGAGAUUCAACCUGUUUCAUUCAUUCUCUGAAGCUGAAAUCACUGUGAUCAUGAAUGAAUUAAGAUCAUUGGCUUUUUCUUGCUACUUCUUGCUGGUGGAAAAACUGUAAGGAUGAAGAAUGGGGCAGGAAGGCAGAUGGAUGGAGAUUCUGGAAAAUGAGUUGACUUCUGGGAUAAAGCAUUCCCCAUAACUGGUUUGCCUGUUACUUAGGAUGCCCUUUAAAUCAUGGGAUGAAGAUAUGAGAAGCACUGAGUGGAGCUGCAGCUUGAGCAUGCAGAAGACUUGACCAGAAAGAAAGUAAUCCCAGAACUAAUGGAAACACUCAAAGCUGUAAGGGUUUUUAAAGGUGAACCCAAUAUCCUUUCAGGCUUCAUGGGAAAAAAAUUGUAUUUUUCUUUUCAUAGUCUAGGACAAGGAAAUGCCAUAAAACAAGGGACCUAAAUAUAAAUCUUGCAAGAAAACCCCAGAUGUCUAGGCCUUAAUAGUUCCUAACUGUUACUGGAGUUGGAAUCCUAACUAGUAGACUGUAACUUUUCUAGAAGACUGAAGUUGUAGAAGAUUCUGAGCAAAUGAAUUUAAGAUUCAUGUCAGGAUGGCUGUUUAUGCAGUAUUAUGAAAUAAGAAAUUUCACCCUGAAAAAUAGCUCAGGGUUAUCUUGAGGAUAGUUGAUGCACUUUUUUCUUUUCAAAGGGAUCUCCUGUGCUAAUUAACAUGCUAAUGUUAUUUUGGGUAUGGGUUUUUAUGUGUUUUUGUUUUUGCUCUUUUGAGGGGCCAAUAUCAGGAAAUUCUAGUUACAAAACCUUGCAGUUAUAAAUGCUUGGAAAAGACAAUGAUUACAAAAAAUUUCCAAAAGUCUUAAACCUACCUCGACUGGACUCACUGCGUACUUGUUUUGAGUCAGAAACCUCAGAUGAAAAUCCUUUGUAAAACAACACUAUUUAGAAAUUAUAAAUUUACACACCACUAAAAAUUUACUAGAUGGAGAUGAAAAACUAGUUAUAGCCAUAUAUCUAGGACAGAAUCACUUAUGUUAUACAUUCCUCAACCAAAAGACUAAAAGUCCUCUCUCUUUAACUCUGAUAGUUGGCUUGCUGAUUGCCCCUUUGUUUCUCUCCCCAUUGUUCAGUAUACAGCCUUUUUCUAAACUGUGACUGUGGUUCAGUGCAAUAUUUCCCUAUAUCAUCUUUCCUCAGGGCGUUCAGAACAGCAAGAUUGUUUUUGCUCAUAAGGCAUGGGCAAUGUCCUUUUGGGCUCCCCUUACAAGUAGAUUGUUUGUUUUUCUCUGCAACUCACCUGCAAGGAAUAAUAGCAUAUUGGCUGUAAAUUGCAGAAAGUUGGGAUGUAUCUUUCUGCUCCUUUCGUAAUAUACAUCUGAUCUUUUGGAUGACAAAGAAUAUUAGUUUCCCUAAACCGAUAAGAUUUUUGGCUAUGGAUUCUGGUCCCUACCAUAGCAGAACACAUCAUCAUUUGGAGAAAAAGGUUAGUGGUUAUUUUAAUCAGUAACUGAAGUCAAAUAGUAAAGCUUCAGUAAGUUUAAAUAACUAUAUUUAAAAGUUAAUGAUUUAAGCGCAGGGAUUUUUCUACAUCCAUGUAUUCCCUUUUUUUUCCCCAUUUUAAAAGUCUCUUAAUUUGUUUAGAAUUUUUAGCACUUUGACUUUAAACUGCUUAUAAAAGAACAAUCUAAAACUUAAUUGUAAUUUUAUGAUAAAUGUUAAACGUUUUGAUUUUUUUUUUUUAAUGUACACCUCUUAGCAAACUGGUCUGACAAAUUCAAUUUUGACCAAAUUUUAUUACAUCUUUUGGAAACAUCUUCAAAUAGUAUAUUCCUUAUGUUUUUAAAUGUUUCUCAAAAGUUGUAAUUUACAUGACUUUAAAGAUCUGGAGAGCCCAUAUUACCAAUGCAGAGGUCUAUUUGCAGCACUUAGAGAGAAUAGCCAAAAAAAGUAUUUGCCUUAUUGAACUGGUGGUGUGACUAAUUGCACUGCCAGCCAUAAACUGUAAUUUAAAAAUACAUGCCUUCUGGAAAUAUUGCCAGGUGCCUAUUCUGGAUUGUCACCUGAGGAGGUCAUUGAUAACAUCUUUAUGCAACCAAAGGUGUUUGUUAAUGAAGAAAGAAUUAAUAUGCUGCUGCACUGUGCUUUAAAAACAUGUUUUGCCUUUUGUUUUGGUUGCAAAUAAACCGUGGCCUUAGACUUGUUUGCUGGGAAAAAAAAUUGAAAUGGAAAAUGUGCAUCUUUUGGGGAGUAAAAAAUGUUUUUCUUUGGGUUUUUUUUUUGCACAAUAACAAGCUCAAUAUACAGAAGUUUGUUUUUGAUAAAACUGUGAAACAGUUAAGAAAUGUUUGAGUUAGUUCGUUAACCCACAGGAAAAGUGAUUGUAUUUUGUAUUAAUGCGUAAACCCCAUGGGUUUCUUCUAAUAAAAGAUUUAAAUUAUA